AUGUUAGAUUUUUCAGAUGACUCCUAUUCUUUUUAAAUUUAACCAGUUAAUUAAAGAAAGAAGAAUAUUAAAUUAUUAGUUAAAUUGAUGAAACAUAACAAAAUUGCUAAAUUAAAUCAAUCUAUUAUUACACUUGAUAGAAAUUUAGAUUAACUCUAUGAAAAUUAUAAAAAUAUAACAACAUAAACUGAAGAGGUUAUAGAAGUAUAAUAAAUUUUAAGUGCUGUAUAUAAUAAAGGACAUAUUAGUAGAUAAAUACAUAGAGAGAGAAAACUUAAAUUAAAUUAAAAAGUAUAUCAAGAUAAGUUAAGAUAAGAUGAAAGUAUUUAAGAAAGUGAAGAUGAUGAAGUAGAAAUAAAUUAAAAAAUAAAGAAUGAAAUAAAAUAGAAAUUAUUAUACUUAAUAAUAAAUUAAGUUCCAUUACCAUUUAUUCUAAAUUUUAUUGAAUUUUAGAAAUAAAAAGAAUAAUUUAUUAAAUUAAAAAUAAAAUGUGAAAAUUCUUUAUUAGAUUCAUUAAAUUUUACAUUAAUAAAAGAUCAUAAAAAUGAAGAAGAAUUAAAUUAAAAUUUGAAAUGUAUACAAAUUAUUAAAAUGAAAGAAUUAUUAAUGAUGAGUUUAGAACAAUUAGAAAAGAGUAAGGAAAAUAUCAUAACUGAAUUAAAUGAAAUGUUUCUUGAUUUAAAAUCAUGUAAAACAUAAUUAAUGAAAAAUUUAGAAUUAUUCUAAUAUUAUGAUGAUAGUUUAGAUCCAUAAAUUAAUAAAUUAUUAAGAAUAAUUAAUAAUCUUAUAUUAUACUGUAAAUCUAAAUCAUCUAUGAAUGGUUAAUUUAAUAAAUCAAUAUUGAUGCCUAGAAAAAAUGGAUUAAGAUGGCUAUAAAAGAUUAUUAUGUUAAAUUGUUGGGUUUCAUAAAUAUCAUUUCCAGAAAUAUUAAUAUAUAUUUAAAUGAAAGGAGAUUUAGAUAAAAAUAAAUCAAAUCCAAAAAGAUAAUGUGUAAUACAAUUAUCAAAAAAACUUGAUNGA